AUGAAGCGCAUGCUUUCCGGCCUGCAAAGGCGUGUUACAUCCCCCUUGCAGACGCAGACGCAGACGCAGGAGAGUGCCUCGCCCUCCCCCGCUGGAUAUGACACCCCUGAAGCCGUCGUUGCUCGAGAAAUCACAAACCCCGAAGAUGAUGCUGAUCCGUGCCCCAAGAAAGCUUUCUGUGAAUCCGGCUCUGAGCCUGGCGCUACUAAUACUUCCAGCGAAUAUGUCCAUCUCCCCGCCAUAGUCGAGGCCGCCGAGUCGAGCGCCGCCGCUGCCAAAGAGGCCUCCGUGCGGAUACGCAAGUACCUGUCAAGCCCGGCAAAGGCGACCGGCACUGUGCAAUACAACGCCAUUAUGCUUAUUCGCAUUCUGUCCGAGAACCCCGGCCAUAGCUUUACGCGCAACUUCGAUGCCAAGUUUGUCAGCACGGUCAAGGAACUCCUGCGGCAGGGCCGAGACUUGUCCACCCAGCAAAUGCUGCGCGAGACGUUGGAAACGUUUGAGACGCAAAAGUCAUGGGACGAGGAUCUUGCAGCUUUGCUGGCUAUGUGGAAGAAGGAGAAGAGUAAAAUGCCUCCACCCCCGCAAGUGGCCUCACAAUAUCAACAACCACAUUUCCCUCGUCCUGUGCCUACUCACGGGCAAUUGCCUCCGCCAGAGGAACUCGCGUCGCGCAUAUCCGAGGCGAAAACAUCCGCGAAUCUGCUCAUUCAACUCUCGCAGAGCACACCAGCCGCCGAAGUCCAGUCACACGAGUUGAUGCGCGAGUUCUCCCAGCGCUGUCAAGCCGCUUCCAGAUCUAUUCAGAGCUACAUGGCUGUGGAGAAUCCUCCGCCAGACGAAAAUACCCUGCUUACGUUGAUCGAGACGAAUGAUCAAUUAUCCGUGGCUCUAUCGAAAUACCAACGCACACUCCUGAAUGCUCGGAGAGCAAUGGGCUCUGCGACUCCUGGCGCUACAUCACCACCACCACCUGCUACUAAUAGUAGCGGCAAUAGCAGUGGGAGUAGCCCAGUUAAUGGGAUUUCAAAUGGAGAAACGACACAGUCAAGGGGUGCAAAUGCAUCCCCCCCAUUUGACAGCGGGUCUGCUGCCGUUUUACCUACUUCUCCGCCACCUAUGCAUUCGUCACUUAACGAGCCAUUUUCGACAUCCGCGCUACCUAGAUUUGAGGCUCCAGCUUCAUCACCACCUCCAGCCUCCGUUCCAGCUUCCAGUCAACCCGCACCAAGACGCUAUGAGUAUAAUGCCGACGAGUUCAACGUUGAGAAUCCAUUUGCGGAUAACACGACCGAAGAACAUUCUCGAUCAUAA